CUGAUCGUCAGAGCCUUUUUUUACUUUUAAAAGCAUUUUUACAACCUAUUCAGAUGAAAAGGUUGUAAAAAAAUGCUUUUAAAAUUUAAAAAAAGAGCACAUGCCAUAGCUGAUCACCCCCCACCCCCGCACACUGCUCUACUUACCCCAUGCCUCGUUUUGCAGUGCACUGCACGGGCGCAUGCGCAGCCAGAGAACCAGUAGUAAACCGACACAGAUUUCACCACUGCCUGGGACCCUUUCACAGUUACUGUUGUUGAGCUAGGUACCACCUGUUUUUUCAUGCCUAAGUAUAAGACUUAGGCAUUGCAUUUUCUUGUAGAGGACCAAAUGUUCAAGUCUGUCAAGAUCCUUCUGCAUUUUGAAUCUAUCCUCCAAAGUGUUGUCUAUCCCCCCAGCUUGAUGUCAUCUGCAAAUUUCCCUUCUAGUACUGGGCUUAAGAGUGGUGAAAUUCAGCCAGUUCUAUCCGGCUUGGGUGAACUGGUAGCGCCGGCAGUGAGAGGUUCCACCCACCCACCUGUAUGUCAUCACAUCCCAUUUGCGCAGAAGGCUCUGGACAUGCGUGGAGGAUGCGUGGAGGAUGCGCAUACACUCACAUUUGCAAACUGGUAGCGAAGCUUCCUCGUCGUUUCCUAGGCCAGGGGCAUACAUUUCAUCAGCAGAAUCAAAUUGGACCGAGAACAGUGUAGCCUCUGGGCAGAGUGGAGCCACAUCAGAUACGCUUGUUCUACGGCUUCUGAAAUGGCAGCUGCGAAGAUGUCCAGGGUGCCACUGCCUGACCUUGCCCAACGUCCCCAUUGAUGUCUACAUUGCCAUGGGUGGGAGCCACAGGCCACGAACUACCUGAAGACUCCCCCAGGUCGGCUCAAGUGCUGAGGCCACAGCGGCUGUCCCAGAAAACACACUGACAGCCAGACAACAGUGAAGCAAGCCACACAGAACAGUGACGCACAUUUUAAUAAAAGGACACCUUAAAAUGU